UGGUGCCUUUCUGCGUCACCUACGAGCUGUUUUCCUCGCCCCCUUUCCUCGCUGCUCUCUGACCUCGAGAAGCCGAGGUCGCCACUUGGGGUAGGUGUGUAGAACCUCAGGCGGGUGACCGCGGCCUCGCACCCAGAGCCGAGCGGCGGCGGCGGCGGCGGCGGCGGCUAAGACAGAGCGGUCUUUCGGGGUCUGGCGGUUGGGGCUUCCUCCCUGGGCGACCUUUGGGGCAUCUCCUGAGUGUUUCUUCCAAUUAAGAAGCAUUUAUUUCCUCUUUCUCCUGCUUAUCUGUUGAACAGUAAAAAAGGUGGAAAAUUUCUGUGUUGGUCCACUAUCCACCAGAGAUGCAUCCAGACUUAUCUCCACACCUGCAUACUGAGGAAUGUAACAUUUUAAUUAACCUAUUAAAAGAAUGCCACAAAAAGCACAGCAUCCUGAAAUUUUUUGGUCGCUGUAAUGAUAUAGAUCGUGAGAUGCGGAAAUGCCUGAAAAAGGAGUAUGGAGAAAGGAGGUCCAAAAGCAGGGAAUUUGGAGAAGCUAAGCGACAGAAAUUUUCUAAUAUUUCAGAAGAGUCAGAGAACUGAGUUCUGCUUUUACUGGAUACAUCUUGGCUGAUGAAUGAACAUCUGGAUAUUUAGCUAGUAGCUGGAAGAAUGUCACCAUGUUUGAACUCAAUAGUUCUUAAACAGUGAACCCUUUUAUGAACUGCAUAGAAUUUGGAAACUGAUAGUAUAAGACUCUACUUGCAAGACUACAGGACGGAACCUUCUUGCCAUCAACAAAACAUCAACAUUUUAAUAAUGACUAUUUGUUUACUGACUCCUAUAAGUAUACCUACUAACCUGGAGGCAUUGGGAGGGGUGAAGGAAGGAUGUUACUAUCAGCCUUCCCUUCACAGCAUCGUAAAAAUAUUAAUACUUCACUUCAGUAUCUGAAAGUGUCAGCGUUCCAUUCGCAAGACCUCAGCCACCUUCCACACUUCAUGAAUUGUUGUGGCUGAAAAAAAUACUUUUAAAAAAGGUAGUGGAAUAAGUUAAAGCAUGGAGAGGCCUGGGAAUCUUUGGCUCGAGAUAAGUAACUGCAGAUCUCAUCUAUACAUGGAAAUUGGUUGUUCUCAGUGAUUAAAAAUUUGUAAUACAAAUUGUGAUGUCAUACCUU